CACAUGACAACAAAAGUAACUCACGUGACAGAACCUACAUCCAGAGCUGGAGUUCAGUGUAGAGUGUUCGGUUGGGACUGUGUGUGUGUGGUUGUGCGGGUCAGCAUGGUGUCUGUACCUGGACGAGCCGGUGUGCUCGGUGCUCUGUGUGUGUCCGCCAUGAUGAAUGCGGUCUGUGCGCUCAGCGGCGGAAUGCUGUUGCCGCGAGAGUCUCCGUCCAGAGAAGUGAAGGAGCUGAGCGGACUGUGGGGCUUCAGGGCGGACAAGUCCCCGAGCAGGAACCUGGGCUUCGAGAGGGCAUGGUACAAACGUAGAUUGGCUGAGACUGGCCCAGUGAUUGACAUGCCAGUUCCUGCCAGCUACAAUGACAUCACACAGGACCACUCGCUGAGAGAUUUCAUCGGCUGGGUGUGGUAUGAGCGAGAGGUGGUGGUGCCUGCACGAUGGCUCUCAGACGAAGGCACAAGAGUGGUUAUCAGAGUGGGAAGUGCUCACUAUUAUUCAGUGGUGUGGGUAAAUGGGGUGAAAGUGACUGAGCAUGCAGGUGGCCAUCUUCCUUUUGAGGCUGAGAUAGGCGCUUUACUCCGCAAAGACCCAACCUCGCCGUGCAGGAUCACCAUCGCCGUCAACAACACACUGACCCUGGAGACUCUUCCUCCAGGAACCAUCCAGCACUUUGACGACCACACCAAAUAUCCUGAUGGCUUUUUUGUGCAAAACUACUCCUUUGACUUCUUCAACUAUGCUGGCAUACAUCGCCCUGUGCUGCUCUACACCACUCCUAAGGCAUACGUGGAUGACAUCACUGCGGUGACCGACUUCUCGGAUAACACUGGUUUUGUCAAUUACAAAGUGUCAGUCCAAGGUGCGACCACAGCGACGCUGAAGGUCACCCUGCAGGACAGAGACGGACACUGUGUAGCCUCCUCCAAUGAGCUGUCUGGAGUGCUCAAAGUGGUGGAUGUCAACCUGUGGUGGCCGUACUUGAUGCAUGAUAAUCCAGGUUAUCUGUACUCUCUGGAGGUUCGCUUAAUGGCGCCCAAUGAAGACGUGUAUACCCUCCCAGUAGGCAUCCGCUCGGUUAAGGUUACCAGCACCCAGUUCCUCAUCAACAACAAACCCUUCUACUUCCAUGGAGUCAAUAAACACGAGGACGCUGAUAUUCGUGGCAAAGGCUUGGACUGGCCCCUGAUCGUCAAGGACUUCAACUUACUCAAGUGGCUGGGGGCCAACUCCUUUCGCACCAGUCACUACCCAUACGCCGAGGAGAUCCUGCAGAUGUGUGACCGCCAUGGCAUCGUAGUGAUCGAUGAGUGUCCGGGGGUGGGCAUCAAAGACAUUUAUAGUUUUGGAAACGCCUCCCUCACCCACCACCUUGUUGUCAUGGACGAGCUUGUACGUCGGGACAAGAACCAUCCUUCUGUGGUCAUGUGGUCUGUCGCUAAUGAGCCCGCUGCAGAGAUGCAUCCUGCUGAUCUGUAUUUCAAAACCUUGAUAAAGCAUACUAAAGCUCUGGACCCAACACGGCCCGUCACUUACAUCACAGAUAGUAACUAUGCUCGAGACAAAGGGGCUCCCUACGUGGAUGUAAUCUGUGUAAACAGUUAUUUCUCCUGGUACCAUGAUCAAGGUCACCUGGAGGUCAUCCCCAUCCAGCUCAACACUCAGUUUGAGAACUGGUAUGGGAAAUAUCAGAAACCCAUCAUUCAGAGUGAAUAUGGAGCAGACGCGGUGCCCGGGCUUCAUAGUGAUCCACCCAUGAUGUUUACUGAGGAGUACCAGAAGGCAGUCCUAAAGAACUACCACGACGUGUUUGACCAGAAGAGGAAGCAGUAUGUUGUCGGGGAACUCAUCUGGAACUUUGCAGAUUUCAUGACUACACAAGGAAUCACCCGCGUGGUGGGAAACAAGAAGGGCAUUUUCACCAGGCAAAGGCAGCCCAAAGCAGCAGCCUUCUUCCUGAGAGAGAGGUACUGGAGUCUGGCAAACCAAACAGGAAUACUACCCACGUGGACCAAGUAUCCCUGCUCCCUCUGACACUGUUUGGGAACCCAGCCCAGGAGGACCGAUUCAAACCUAUAGCCGUGUUUCCGCCGAGUCGGUCCAGUUUGGUACAGUACGCAUUUUUCAUUUCCAUUAGGAAUGGUAAUAAAAUAACCAGCCACAAGGGCACCCUUCCCUUGGAGGUACCAGAUUAAAAUGGUAUGGUACAGUCAGGGAGUUGUCAGCUGAUUGGGCAACAGGAAAACGUCAGUCCCUUGCGAUUGGUGUAAAUAUCCCAUGGAUGUCGAGGCAAAAGCCUGCAGUCUAUUCUCAUACAAAUCAUCUUAUACUGUGAAAGUUCAUCUGUCUUCUGAUUGAACUUCAAUUUUUAGACAAUAGUAAGUUUUCCUUUUCCUUGUUAACCAGUUUCGGCGUGUAUCUUUCUGUCAGAUUUGACACUCCCUCAUUCUGGUUCAUCGUCCUGUGCGCACGUUUUACAAAGCCCGACGUCAACAGCCACAAACUGAGCAGGGAAAAAAAAGAGCUGCUGGAUGUCCUCCAUUGUUGUCCGGUUGUGUCGCGUUUGAUGUCGUCGCAACAGUAUGGCGUCGCGCUAACAUCAGGGAUUGCUCACCCCCCGCCUACCGAAUAAAGAUACUGUUCUCCAUUGAAACGCAAGCUUGACCCAGGGCUUUACCAUUCCAAACCAUACCAUACUCUACCAAACUGAACUGUACCAUGAUGGAAACACAGCAUUAUGUGGAAAAAUGUGGGUACUGUUGGUUAGUUUCUUGAGGAAAAUCUACUUGGGGACAAUGUGCAUUCCUGUGCAACUAACAGAGUGUUCACCAGCAAACUGAAUAUUUUUCUGAACAUAUAAAUACUUUUUAUGCUGAUUUAUGAAUACAUGAUUUUACAGUUUUAUUUGUGGUUGUUAUGGUUGUGAUGUGGUUUCUGCAGAAAACUUCUGUGAGAUUUAAAGCUGCAGUGCAUAACUUUUUUUGUUAUUCUGCCUCCGUUUGGUCUUUGUGAACAGAAAUGUAAUUAUUUCAUUAUUUGGUUGCUGUCUCCUUUUAAAAUUGACUAAGUGAGCUUUUGUGUGUAUACAACAGCGUCGGGGUGGGCGGGACAAGAAGUUUUUUACCCGACUAAACUGCUGAACCGGGUUUUCUGAGCAAGAGAAUCUAAGAAUCUGAAAAGAAAAAGUAACUUUGGUCUAAUCAGCUGUGGGAACUCAACUGACAAUGGUUUAAAUCAAAUGGACAUCUGUUUUACAAUUUUACAAACAUAGUCGCAAUUUUGUCCACAAAAAGAGAUGAUUUUCUCCAAGUCUGUGUGAUACUUUUUUCCAAACAGACUCAGUUUCUUGCACAAUCUUUUCAAAGUCCUGAUGCUAGAGAUAAUGUGAUGCUAACGUGACAAAAAAAAAGUGUAAAAAUGUAACUUCACAAAAUCCUCUGCAUUCCUUAUCUUGACGCAAGUCGCGGCUGAUCAUCUGAGAUUUUGCGAGCAUAAUAAUUACGACUUUAUUCCCAUAACAUUACGACUUUAUUCUCGAAAGAUAAAAAAAUAAUCAUUCUUAAGUUUGGCCCUAAAACUCUCGUCUGACCAGAGGAAAGGUCAGACGAUAUCAGGACAUACAUUACAAAGAUGGGGCCACCAUCCUUUUUGUUUCCUGUGUUUUAAGUUUCUUUAAUUAAGGAGUUUUAGGACCUGUGUUGAUGUUUUUUGUAAAUGCAAUGUCAGAAUGUCAAUUCAUCUUAAUCAGAAAAGUGCAUUAUUUUUUCUAUUUUACUAUAAAUAUGAAUGAAUUAUAUUAAAAAAUAAAACGUGAUCUUUUGCAAACUUGA